CAAUCUGAUAGUAGCUGUUGAUUUAUUGCAUAUUGAACCGAUUGCCGGAGUAAAUACCGUACAAGGUGACUUUACUGAGAUGGAAACACAAAUCAAAAUUAAAGAUUUGCUGAAAGAAAGAGAAGUUGAUGUGGUUCUUAGUGAUAUGGCGCCAAAUUUUUCAGGAAUUCAUUUUGUGGAUCACCUUAGGUCUAUGGAAUUGUGUGAAUCGUCGUUUUCGUUUGCCGAACAAGUAUUAAAACCUGGAGGAGCUUAUUUAUGCAAGUUCAUAAUGGGAGGGUCAGAGGUUGACUUCAGGAAUCUUCUCAAGAAUAAAUUUGAAAAGGUUCGCUACGAAAAACCCCAAGCCUCUCACAAACAAUCAACCGAAGGAUAUUAC